GGUUGUUGCUCUUUCAAGGCCUGUCUGGCGGCUGCAGCUACGUUUACCUACGCGAAGAAGCCUGGCGGCGCUUUCUCCCACACAAAAGGUAUUGACUGUGCCAUUCAAUCAAAAUUAUGGGAUUAUUUGACAAACUAGCAGGCUGGCUUGGCCUGAAGAAAAAAGAAGUUCAUGUUUUGUGUCUUGGGUUGGACAAUAGUGGCAAAACAACAAUUAUCAACAAGCUGAAACCAUCUAAUGCUCAAACUCAAGAUAUUGUUCCUACAAUAGGAUUCAGUAUAGAAAAAUUCAAGACAUCAAGUUUGUCAUUCACUGUGUUUGAUAUGUCGGGUCAAGGUAGAUACAGAAAUCUCUGGGAACACUACUACAAAGAUUGCCAGGCCAUUAUUUUUGUCAUUGAUAGCAGUGACAAACUAAGAAUGGUUGUGGCCAAAGAAGAGCUUGAUACACUCAUGAAUCAUCCAGAUCUUAAGCAUCGAAGAAUGCCAAUUUUGUUUUUUGCAAAUAAGAUGGACCUCAGGGAUGCUGUGUCAUCUGUAAAAGUCUCUCACUUACUGACCUUGGAGAACAUCAAAGAUAAGCCAUGGCAUAUCUGUGCUAGUGAUGCUCUUAAAGGAGAAGGAUUGCAAGAAGGUGUAGACUGGCUUCAAGAUCAGAUCCAAGUAAUGAAGACAUGAAAAACCAAUGAGCAAGGAAAAUGUCGAUAUACAUGAGAAGCCUUGAAGAUAAGAACUGUUUUAGGUCUAUUUGUUUCCUUCUGCAGGCUUUUAUAAAAGCCCAUAAAAGGUAAAAUGUUUUUUGUAAGAAUAGCUCAUGUGCACAUUCAUGGUACUGAACAAAACUUAAGAUGUGAUCAUCUAUACAAUCUAACAAUUCGGGGUGGAUGGGUUGAGUUACAGGCCCAAGAAGAGACAACUUAUAGCAACAAUAUGGCUUCCUAAGAGCUUCUCAUUGUGUCUCCUACUGAAAAAAUGUACAUUUCGCUAAACCAUGAUUUUGUGAGAUAUGCACAAGGAGGAAGCUGCAAUGAACCUUGAUCUCACAUGCUCUCUCUUCCCCUCUCCAACUUUGGAAGUUUUUUCUGAAUCUGGUCGUUUUCAGAACUUGCCAGUUUCAAACCAUGGUUUCUAACCAGAAUUUGUUGUAAGCCAUGAUCCCUGCUCUGCAGAAGGAAGCAAAAACAAAACUAAAAGCUGCCAGUCAUCAGGGGAGAGAAGUUCAUACUGCCUCCUUUAUGAGGCUACAUGUCUUGCUAAACCAUGAUUUAGCAUGAUAUAUGAACUUGCCCAUUGAAUGGAUCUUUAUCAGAAUAGUUUUAUCUUGUACUCAAAAAAUAGCAAUACCAUUUUAUUUUUCCAUACCAUCUUUUAGUUACAUGUGAACUGUGUUUUUAUAAGCAAUUGUGGAUAUUUAUGAAUAAUUUGCUGUUGAUAUGUGCUGAAUUAUAUUAUGUUCUGGAACAGCUGAAACAAUAUUUUGAUAAAUAAAAUAAAUUAUAUCAU